AUGAAUAGACAAAGAGAUUAUAUGUUAAUCACAAAUAGUACUAUGUACUAUACCAUUCGAGUGUCUGUAAUUACUACUAUUAAUACCGUACCAUUCAACUCUAUGAUGAAAUUACCAAAUGCAAGACAACUAGCUAUCGGGUACGACUUGAUCUCUAUGGUAAAGUCAAAAGUGUUUUCUCUAUUGUUACGUUGA